CAAAGAAAAGGCAAGCUAUGUCCCCACGCAGAGGAUGAUGACAUGUCAGAGGUCCUCACUGUAGACGCUAUUCUGUUUGGGCUCUUGGUCUUUUCUGGCAUCCUGGGAAACAUCUUGGUCAUCCAUGUGGUGUUUCAGUCAGCCGUUGAGAGUCCAUCUCGGAGACUCCCUCCCUCUGACACUAUUUUGGUGCACCUGUCAGUGGCCAACCUGCUGACCUCACUUUUCCGCACUGUGCCCAUCUUUGUGUCAGACCUGGGCUUGGAUGUGUCUCUGUCUCCGGUCUGGUGCCGAAUCUUCAUGCUGCUGUGGGUGUGGUGGCGAGCUGUGGGCUGUUGGGUGACCCUAGCACUUAGCGUCUUCCACUGCACCACCCUGAGGCGACAGCACAUGGCCUCUGGACCUCUGGCACAGCAGAGGGAGAGACGGCGGAUUUGGAUUGUUCUGGGACUGGUGUGGGGGGCAAACCUGGCCUUCUCAAUUCCAGCUCUUGUAUAUAGCACUCAUGUGCAUGGCAACGCCACUGUGGAGCUGAUGGUGAUCAGCUGCACCACCAGGCCACUCCUGGGCUGUGUCUGGGAGUUCCCCUCCAACCAACAGGGCUCAGCCUUCGCAUCCUCUUCGCUCGCACUUAAUGAGGUGUUGCCACUGGUGCUGAUGGUUUGCACCAACCUGGCCACACUUCAUGCUCUGGCAAAACACAUCCGAGCUGUUGCCUCAGGGGUCGAGUCAGUAGAACCCCACAGGGAGCUGGACAAACACGUGUCCACUGAACGCAAAGCAGCUCAUGUAAUCAUGUCGCUGGUGUCGCUCUUCGUGGUCUGCUGGGUGCUACAGGUUGCUGCGGUGACGUACUACAACCAUGAUGGGGGACACCACGCUGAAGGGCUGCUGACUGUGGCCCACUUCUCUGCCUCGCUGUUUGUAGGAUUCAGUCCCAUGGUGGUGGCCCUGGGACACGGUAAGCUGAGGAAGAGGAUCCUGAGUAUGAUCCUGAUGUGGUCUGUUCCUAAAUGCCACAAGGAGGACACUGAAGAGGGGGUUAAGUCCCCAGAGACUAAAGGAAAGAGGGGAAAACAAACUGUUUUCAUUGUUCAAAAAGAGAGGACGGUCAUAAAAGUGAAGGAGAAAGCUCAAGCAGACAAGUGAUGGGAGCAAAGUGUGACUGCAUUGAUACAUAAGUACUGAAAAAAUAUUGAAAUGUCUACCAAAAAUAUUCAUGGAUGUAUCAUCCAUUUUAAUCAGAGGCACGGUACUGCAUGUUUCCUUUGGACAGCACUGUA